CACUAACACUCGCAUUAAAGACUCCUCCUCUUCCCUCCUACCUUCCUUCUCUCCCUCCAUCUCUCUCUCUCUCUCUACCUCUGUGUCAGCCAAAUUCGAAGGACUCUGAAAUCAAACUCUCAUUUCAGUUUCUUCAUCAUCUCUCUCUCUCUCUCUCUGUCUCUCUGGCACCCCAUUUCUGCGUCUCUCUGCAAUUCACAGUCUUUACAGUGUUGUGUGUGUGUGGGGGUAUAGAUUUUUAGAUCUUUAGCGCAUUUUAUGGAUCUGCAACCCCACAUACGCGCAUUGUCCUCAUUUUCUCUCUCCUAGGGUUUACGGGUUUACUACAUUUCUUUAGCUGUUUACUGUUAGCAAUGCAAUCUCUCAAUGUGACUCCACAAUGCCAUGGAGAGGCUCGCCGGAACCCUAGUAAAUUCCAGUGCGUCCCUGAUCAGUCUGCUGUUCAGCUUCAAGGUCGUCUUGGUUUUUGACAAUGGUCUUUGUGGAUUCUUGUUUGGCUUGAGAAAUGAUGUCAUCCUCUACGCCGCCGCCGCCGCCGCCGCCGCCGCUGCGGCUCCUUUGCUUGCUUGCUUUGUUUUUUACUUGUUUAGGGCAUCCAUUACUGCAUAUACGCUUGUCUCCUUCUUCUCAGCCAAAUUGGCAAUUAUCUACAAAGGAAAUUUUGGUGGAACAUGCAAGGUUGGAUUCAAUGAGUGUGCCAUUUGCUCGGUCACAGCCACCUCAGAUGCACAUGGUUAAGCCUUCUGUUGCACCUGCACUUCCUCCAGCUUAUCAGGCAUCUGCUUCUGGUCCUAACAGCGCUCCAUUACCAAGACAUCAUGGUCAUCAUCAUCAUCAUCAUCUUCAUCGUGUGAAACCUGCUGUGGUUGCUCCCUCUCCUACUGGGGACCAAAGUUGUGAUCAAGUUUGCAUUGAGCCACUUACGGCAACUCCCUUUGGCUCACCUUGUGGUUGUGUUUUUCCUAUGAAAGUUAGACUUCUUUUAGAUGUGGCUCCCUAUGCUAUUUUUCCUGUAAUGAAUGAGCUAGAGAUUGAGGUUGCGGAGGGCACAUAUUUGGAACAAAGUCAAGUGAAAAUAAUGGGUGCCAGUGCUGAUAGUGACAAUCAGGGAAAAACUGUAGUUGAUAUUAACUUGGUCCCACUGGGAGAUAAGUUUGAUAAUACCACUGCAAUACUAACAUAUGAGAGAUUUUGGCAUAAGAAGGUACCUCUAAAUAAGAACCUUUUCGGUGAUUAUGAAGUGAUAUCAAUUAGUUAUCCAGGGAUUCCUUCUUCACCGCCAUACCCAGAUUACAUGGGGAGUGGUCCUAGUGGAAGUGCUGGAGAUCUUCCCAUCACUGCAAAUUUUCUGAGCAAGAGCCAGAAGAUGAAUCUUAGAACUAUUGCAAUAAUUGCUUUAUCAGCAUUUGUGGUCUUACUAGUUAUCAUUGGGGCUGUCUUCAUUUUUAUAAGAUGGAGAAAGUUUGGAAGACCAUCAAGUGCAGUUGGUCCUACAUUUGCAUCAUCCAUAAACAAAAGAUCAGGCAUUGGGUCUUUCUUGUCGAGUAGUAUUGCAAGCUCAACGUCAAUGUCCCUUAUGUCAACCAUGGCUACUUGUAUGCUUUCUGUUAAAACAUUUCCAUACACUGAGCUUGAGAAAGCAACUGAGAAGUUCAGUUCGAAGAGGAUUUUGGGUGAAGGGGGAUUUGGGCGUGUUUACUGUGGGAUUAUGGAAGAUGGAAGUGAGGUUGCAGUUAAACUACUUACACGGGAUAAUCAGAAUGGAGACCGUGAAUUUAUUGCAGAAGUUGAGAUGUUAAGUAGAUUGCAUCACCGCAAUCUUGUGAAAUUGAUUGGUAUAUGCAUAGAAGGACGCACUCGUUGCUUGGUCUAUGAACUUGUUCCCAAUGGCAGUGUUGAAUCUCACUUGCAUGGUUUUGACAAGAGAAGUGGACCUCUUGACUGGGAUGCACGGUUAAAAAUUGCCCUUGGAGCAGCUAGAGGACUGGCCUAUCUUCAUGAAGAUUCUAACCCUCGUGUAAUUCAUCGAGAUUUCAAGGCUAGCAAUGUUUUACUAGAAGAUGACUUCACUCCCAAGGUCUCUGAUUUUGGCCUGGCAAGGGAAGCAACUGAAGGAAGUCAUCAUAUUUCUACUAGGGUCAUGGGGACUUUUGGGUAUGUUGCUCCUGAAUAUGCAAUGACAGGACAUCUGCUUGUCAAGAGUGAUGUUUACAGUUAUGGGGUUGUGUUGCUUGAGCUUCUAUCUGGAAGAAAACCUGUGGACAUGUCCCAACCUCCUGGAGAGGAAAAUUUAGUGACUUGGGCACGUCCAUUGCUUACCAGUAGAGAAGGAUUGGAGCAGUUGGUGGAUCCUUCGUUGGCAGGAACUUAUGACUUUGACGACAUGGCUAAGGUGGCAGCCAUUGCUUCAAUGUGUGUUCAUCCAGAGGUGACUAACAGACCCUUUAUGGGUGAAGUAGUUCAGGCUCUAAAGCUAAUAUACAAUGACAUGGAUGAGACUUGUGGAGACAACUGUAGUCAAAAGGAGUCUUCUACUCUGGAUUCUGACAUUAAGGGUGAUCUUGCUCCUUCCGAUAGUAGUUGGUGGAAUGCUGCUGGGAUCUCCCCUCGAAUAACUUAUGGACAAGCCUCUUCUUUCAUCACAAUGGAAUACAGUUCAGGUCCACUUGAAGAGACGGAAAACAGACCGUUUUCAGCUUCAAGUUUGGUUGGGGAUCGGUUGUCUUUAGCUAUUAGGCAUGGGAACAGAUCAGGUCCCUUGAGAACUGUACGAAGUAAACCAGCUUUUUAUAGAUUAAGAGGGAGCAUGAGUGAGCAUGGCGGGCUCCUUUCAAGGCAGAAAUGGAAUGAUGGAUAUUGGGUAUGAGGUAACUUUUGAAAGUGGUUUCAAAGUGUACAGUUCCCCUGGGCCGGGCAUUUCUAAGCGGUCUUGAUUGAUGUAGUUUAGGAGUUUGGGAUUUCAUGUUGCUUUACAUGUUUGGAGAGACCUUUGCUUCUGAUUUUGUAAAUCUUGAUUCAUUAAUUAAUACACGAAGUUGGAGAUGUAAGCUGAACACUUGUUGUUUUGUAUAUCUGUUGUUUAAUUGUUUCUUAA